AUGACUGACCUGCGAGAUAUGUCUCGCAUGUGGAACGCCUUGAUGUUGUUAGAAGCUGCAGAUGCCGAAGCUAAAAAGAUGUCUCGGCAGCGUAUGAUUCUACAAAGAUUAAAGAAUCGCGAACGGUUACUCCAAAAAAUUCCGGAGUGGCAGUUUAGAGCUCAUUACAGGCUGAAUAAGGAAGAGUUCCACUCGUUGUGUGACGAGCUCAGGCACAAUACCAGUUUAAAAGGUUCUAAAACAACUUCACUGGAACUUAAGGUGCUGACAGCAUUGAGCUUUUAUGCCAUGGGUUCAUAUCAGAAAGGUGUUGCUAAUGAGGUGACAGUGGUUACUCUCAAAGGAGCUACCUUAUGACACCUAUUCUGAAUGCAGAACCAGGAUCUAGAGGAGAGAACUACACUAGAGUGCAUGUCAAGGCCCGAAACUGCAUAGAAAGGGCAUUUGGUUAAAUAUAGAUUUUGAUAUUUGUUAGGUCAGCGUAUCCUUUAUUAUCACCCUGAUUAUGCAGCAGAAAUUGUUAUUGCACGUGUGGUACUGCAUAACAUGCUCAUAGAUUCAAGAGGAACUCCUACAGAUGAUGCAGAAGUAAUUUUGUCCACUGCUCUUACACAACCAACUGUU